AUGGCGCCACCUACCGCACCGCUGAACUUGGAUGUCGAGGCCAUUUCAGGCAUUUGCGGAUCGAUCUCGAUAGCAUGCUGGGUGGUCGUCUUCUCUCCUCAAAUAUUGCAGAACUUCCAGCGCGGAAGCACAGAUGGCCUGUCGAUUCAAUUCCUAAUAGUAUGGCUUCUCGGCGACGUCUUUAAUAUUCUGGGUGCCGUCAUCCAAGGAGUGCUUCCAACGAUGAUCAUCCUUGCAUUCUACUAUACCUUUGCCGAUAUUGUAUUGCUACUACAAUGUUUCUAUUACCGAGGAUUCACUUGGAAGGACGAAGUCGUCUCUUCGUCGCCGAAACCAUCCGAAAAUCUUGAAGGUGGCUUGCCUGUGAACGAACGCACGAGACUUCUACGCGAGCACCGACGACGACGACGACAGAGACGAGGCUCGGACUGGUCGAACCUAUCACCAGCCGUACCUAUAGUCCCCGACCCAUUCGAGGCCCCUCCUUCGCCUCCGACCGUCUCUCAAACCAUACGAUGGAACACACUAGCUGUUCUCAUGGUCUGCGGUGCAGGUGUCUUGGGGUGGUACCUCGGCCGAAACGGCCCCGAAUCUCGCGACACACCGCAUGACGGUGAGCCAGGCGAAACCCUGACCUUCAGUCUCUGGGGCCAGAUAUUCGGAUACCUAUGCGCCGCACUCUAUAUCCUCUCCCGCAUACCACAACUCAUCCUCAAUUACAAGCGCAAGAGCACCGACGGUCUGAGCAUGCUCUUCUUCCUCUUCGCCUGCCUAGGCAACAUUACUUACGUCCUGUCUAUCUUCGCCUACGAGCCACGGUGCGGCGAAGAGGGAUGCGCUCCUGGUGAGGCCGGGAAGAUUUAUGGGAAAUACAUCCUCGUGAAUCUUUCUUGGCUUGCAGGCAGCGUUGUAACCCUCUUGUUGGAUUUUGGCGUCUUCACUCAAUAUUUCUUGUAUAACAACACGGAAGAGGCGCACGACGUUUUAUCCGAGUGUAGCGACUCGGAUAGCAUUGAUGAUACACCUUGGGAGCGGCCUCUGCUUGCGCGGGGUGACUCCACUUAUGGUUAA